AUGGAUGGCAGUGAGAGUUUGGAGGUGAGCAUGGAGGUAGAGGGCUGGGACUCCAGUCUGGAGGAGGAGCUGGGAAUUUCUCUGGCCGAGCUAAAGCUGUGGGUGGAUGAGGCUGUGGAGAAGAGUGAGCUUGUGCAGAAGAAAAAGGCCGAGCUGCGUGAGCUUGAAGAGUGGGUGGAGAAGAAAGAAAAUGAAAAUGCGGUGGCUGAAUCCCUCCUAAAAGAGGCCAAUCAAUCUUUGCGCACAUGUCAGAAGCUUGUGAAGGAGACAUAUGAAAAGAAUGGCCUGGUUUAUGUGGAGAGCAGCUCUGAGGAUGAGGGUUUGUUAGGAGAGCCUCUAUCCUCAGAGAUCAUCGAGAUUGACGAUGACGAUGAUGAUGACGUCAUUGCUGUGGGAUGCUUGGUUCCCCCCAAGUCCCCAUUUACUUCUCCGAAGAAAGAUUCCUCAGGAGCAGCUCUGCAGAAAGCUAAUCAACAAGUUCAAGAUUUAGUUCAGUUUAUCAACAAGUCAACAUUGGGUCCACCACCCGGCCGGCCAGCAGGUCAGGUUCACCCGAACGCUCCUCCAGUGAUCGUGUCGCAGAUACCAUCACAGUCAGUAACGCAGCCAAACUACUCCAACAUCAAAGAGUACGAGCUGAAGAUUGGGAUGGUCGUCCUGGGGAAGAAACGCACCAAGAUCUGGCACAAUGGCACGCUGGUGGCAGUCCAGCCGUCUGCAGGGGAUGGUGUGGAAAAGUUUAAAGUCAAGUUUGAUAAAGGCAAAAGUCUUCUCUCUGGGAAUCACAUCGCAUUCACCUUCAACCCCAUUCUGGAAAACUUGUAUGUUGGAGCUCGUGUUGUUGCCAAGUAUAAGGAUGGGAACUCGGAGUGGCUUUAUGCGGGCAUUGUUGCUGAAAUGCCAAGCACAAAAAAUUCUAUGAGGUACCUGGUAUUCUUUGACGACGGUUAUGCCUCGUAUGUGAAAUUGCAAGAUCUGUUUCCAGUAUGUCGCCCAUUGAACCGUACGUGGGAGGACAUUGAGGACGGCUCAUGUCGUGACUUCAUUGAAGAGUACAUCACAGCGUACCCCAGCAGGCCCAUGGUGCUGCUCAAGGUGGGCCAGAUCAUCAAGACCGAGUGGGAGGGCACCUGGUGGAAGAGCAGAGUGGAGGAGGUGGAUGGAAGCUUAGUUAAAAUAUUGUUCCUGGAUGAUAAGAGGAGUGAGUGGAUCUACAGAGGUUCCACUAGAUUAGAGCCCAUGUUUAAUCUGAGAAUGACCUCAGCCAACACGCAGGAGAAGAAGCUGGCCGGCCUUCAGCGAUCUCGGCCUAAUAUGGGUGCUCUGAGGACUAAGGGCCCUGUGGUUCAGUACACUAGUGAGGGAGCAGCGUCUCCAAGCAAAGCUCCCCCGCCCACGUUAAACCUCCCGUCCCUGCACCAGCCCCAGCCCCAGAUCCAGACCCAGACCCAGGCGCAGGUCAUCCCGACACAAAUACACAUCCCUCAGCCUGCACAACCUCUGCGUGUGGAUUCGAAGCAUCAAAUGGCAAAGAAAAGCACUUCUCCGUUUAUCCCCGGGGUUGGAGGCACUCAUGCUUCUAGGAUUUUGCAGUCUCUCAACAGCACUCCCAGCACCAUAACGGGCGUGAGGUUGCUCGGCCCCCCCACCACGUUCCAGCGCCUCCAGCCCAUCGUACCCGGCCCUCCGCCCAUAAGUCACGUGGUCACAGCCGUCCCUCAGCAGCCUUCGUACCGCGCGCCUUCUGAUCGCAUCUUCUACUUUGCACACGUCUGCCAGCCGUCCUGCCUCAACCGCAUCAGACCCACAAAAGUGGACUUUUACAGGGGGAAGAACCCGCUCCUCGUCCCGCUGCUCUAUGACUUCAGGCGCAUGACGGGACGACGCAAAGUCAAUCGGAAGAUGUCGUUCCAUGUGAUUUACAAAGCUCCGUGUGGCCUUUGUCUGAGGACCAUGGCGGAGAUCGAGAAGUAUCUUUUCUUUACAAACUGCGACUUCAUAUUUCUGGAGAUGUUCUGUCUGGACCCGUACGUUCUGGUGGACAGGCCGUUCAACCCACAGAAACCCUUUUACUACAUCCCAGACAUCACACGGGGCCGGGAGGACGUGCCCUUGUCCUGUGUAAAUGAGAUUGACUCCACGCCGCCUCCUAAAGUCGCCUACAGUAAAGAGAGAAUUCCUGAAGAUGCCGUCUUUAUCAACACAGAUUCAGAUUUCCUGGUUGGUUGUGAAUGCACUGAUGGAUGUCGAGACAAAUCCAAAUGCUCGUGCCACCAGCUGACACUGCAGGCCACCGCGUGUACUCCGGGGGCACAGGUCAAUCAGAGCGCUGGCUAUUUGAACAAACGACUGGAGGAAUGUCUCCCCACUGGGAUUUAUGAGUGUAAUAAGAUGUGUAAGUGUUCGCACCAAAUGUGUACAAACCGACUGGUGCAGCACGGCCUUCAAGUGCGUCUGCAGCUUUUCAAAACACAGAACAAAGGCUGGGGAAUCCGCUGCCUGGACGAUGUGGCCAAAGGAUCAUUUGUUUGUAUUUAUGCAGGUAAAAUACUGACUGAUGAUUUUGCUGACAAGGAGGGUCUGGAGAUGGGGGACGAGUACUUUGCUAACCUGGAUCAUAUCGAAAGUGUGGAAAACUUCAAAGAGGGCUAUGAAAGUGAGGCGCACUGCUCCGACAGUGAAGGGAGCGGAGUGGAUGUGUCCCGCAUGAAGCUCCAGCCCUCAGCUAUCUCUAACACUGCUCGACGAUCCUCCAAAAAAGGCAAAGCUUCGAGUUCGUCGGAAUCCAGCAGCGACGGAAACGAUAAGGAUUCAAAGAGCGACGACGACAGCGACAGUUCAGACGGCACGUUUGUGAAAGACAACUACUUCAACUCUAGCUCAGUCUGGAGGAGCUACACCACGCGGCAAGCCAAAGGCAAAGAUGGGAGUCAGGACGGUAAAGACGGGGCGAAGAAGAACAAAGGAGUGCCGAACAAGCCCCACCUGAUGCCCGAGGAGACUGGAAAGAGCAAAGUGGCCUCAUGGCUUUCCAACCAACCGCCCAAGAAGGACGGAGACGUUAAAAGUGAUGGAAAGUCAGAGGCUAAAAAACAAGACGUCAUGACUCUGUCUGACAGCGACGAUGUUCAGACCAUCAGCUCCGGCUCCGAUGACAAGGAGAAGGAGAAAAUCACUGUGACUAAAAAGCAGGUGGCUGUUAAAUCGACUCGCUUUAUUUCCAUGAAAACGAGUCAUGGGAUGAUGAUGAAGGGGGGAGGGGCCGGCACUGGUGGAUCGGGGGCUCAGGGCGGAAAACAAAAAUCCGGCAAAGACAGCGGCCCCCGAAACACGCGCUCUUUCUUUGAUGGAGAGGAAUCCUGUUACAUCAUCGACGCCAAGCUCGAAGGCAAUCUCGGACGUUAUCUCAAUCAUAGCUGCAGUCCAAACCUGUUUGUCCAGAAUGUGUUUGUGGACACGCAUGACCUGCGUUUUCCCUGGGUCGCAUUCUUUGCCAGCAAGCGUAUCCGCGCGGGCACAGAGCUCACAUGGGAUUAUAACUAUGAAGUGGGCAGCGUGGAGGGGAAAGUGCUCCUGUGCUGUUGCGGCUCUCCAGAAUGCAGAGGAAGACUCCUGUAG